UGGUCCCAGGGAAGUGGCUUGACCUUUCUGAGCCUCAAGUUGGCUCCUCUUCUGCAACGUGAGGGCAAGAUUUCUGAACACCGGAGUGUGACGCCUGAAGGACGUCCCAGGGCUUGAAAGCCAUUGCAAAGCCUGGCACAUAGUAGGUGCUCAGGAAAUGAGUUCUGGAUCUUUCCUGAGCCUCUCCUCCCUCCCAUGGCUCUGGCUCUGAGUAACGACCAGGUCAGGAUGGGCCUCAGGGACACCUGGGGUACUUGGGACCCUGACGCCCUCCCCAGGGUGCCUGGAACCCAAGGAGGCGGCCCCACCUCUCACUUCCUGUGGCACCAGCCACACCCUGCCCUAGGAUGCCCUGGGCAGCCCACUUCCUCCUCUAGCCAGAGCUGCAACCUCAGAACCUUCUGGACAGGGGCGAGGACAGACGGAGCAGGAUGGAUAGGCUCUGGACUAAUCCCGGCCCACUCUCCCUUCUCGCGGCUCUGGUCCCCUCGCUGGUUCAGGCCCAGCCCUUGGCCCAGCGGAAGCCGUGGCUGGUGGGGCUGGGGGCUACGCUGGCCUUCCUCUUCCUCAUCUUUGUCCUCACCUUGGUCUAUGCCGUCUGCUGCAGAGAGUCCCGGGAAAGCAAUAAAGAUAAGGAAGAGGAGACUGUGAGAAAGGAGAAGGAGGGAGAGGGUGACUGGGGGCUGGAACUAGAGGAGAAAGAGGAGCCUCCGAACCAUGAAACAGUGGCGAGCUCUUCCACAUGAAACCUUUGCACCUGCCUCCACCAGGCAGCCCCCAAGGGAUGCCCCAAUGCCUUCUCCGUACCCUACUGGCAAAGACCUGGUCCUGGGGCAGAUGAGAUGACUCUGUCUGGGAUUCAGGGUAGAGCGCCCCUGAGUGCAGAGGACUCGGGACCAGCACAAGCCCCUCUUGAAGGGCUCUCUGCGUGCUACUUGGCCAUGACACACUCCUUCCCAAGCUCGGUCUUCACCUGGUGAUUCUUUCUGAGCAUGGAGGGCACCCCUGGACAAGGAGCUGCCUGCAUGUGAGACCCCCACUAUCUCCUACCUCUGCCCAGUCUGCACCACAGCCAUCUCUCCUUGCCCACCGCCUGAGUUCUUCUCCCACUUCUGGUUUCUAUUGCCCUUUGGAUUUCAUCAGAGAAGCCAGCUCCUCCUGUUGCUCAGGAGCAAGCGCUUCCAAGAGCUUUUGAGGCCUUGCUUUGACGAGCCCACAGGAAUCACCUGGCUCCCAGCCCCUCCGCAGGUCUUGGUUUGCCAGGUGCCAGGUGGAAGCCAGGAGAGUCCCUGGCUCCUGCUACCUAAGCGUCCUUUUCACUGGGAAGAGGGAUAGUGGGGAGAAACUGUGCAAAUGGUUCUGCAAGUCUUUGCAGGAGCCAGGGCAGAUCCAGCCCUCCUCCUGAAGUCUUGCUCUUGCUGCUCCUGAACCUGAACUUUGAGCUAGCUCAGAGCAGGGCCGUUUCCUGGGAGUCGAGGGCCCCUCCUACCACGUGCUGAGUUUCAGGGUGCUGUCCUGGAAGCUGGGGCUGCCGGGGGCUGGGGCGAGGGUGCGGGGGUGGAGGUGGGGGGACGCAGCGUCAUCGCCCCUUCUUCCUGCCCUGCACUCCUGGUGGGGGCUCCACGGAGAAGGAGAAGGAGAAGGAGCUGGAGUCCCAACUUCCUUGCUGUGUAGCCCUGGGACAAGUAACCGAACCUCUCUGUGCCUGUGUCCUGUUCCGUAAAAGGCAAGGAUAAUAGUUAAAUCCUUCAGAAGCUGUCAUGAGGACUGAAUGAGAAAUACUGUCUACAAAACUCCUAAGCGCAGACCCCAGCACCCCAAGGGCGGCUAAUAAAUGCCAACUUCUUGUUACGCUGAAAUAGUGACGCUGGGGCGGAGCGCACGGGCCUCCCUCUCAGGGUGGGGGCCCCUGACUGUCGGAGGCUGUGUUUUCAGACGGCCGCUCUGGCAGUGGAGUUUUCUGCCUCCCGUCUCCUCCGGCGAGGCUUGGGGCUUCCGGGUGGGUGACUGUGCUGAGGGGGGCGGGAAGGGAGAGGGACGGGCUGUCUGGGCUCCUCCCUUUCCGCAGGGCGAGACUUCCCCACUAGGGGGCGACUGGGACGCUUGGGGAGGAGGUGUUUUUGCUUGUCCCAAGCCUGCCCCUUUUUAUGGCAUUUAGAAGGGAGCCAGUGCUGGGACAGCCCCUCCAAGCCAAACAUUGUUUCACUCCAGGGGCCAGUGGCUGAAAAACAGAGGCUUUCCUUGAGAUUAAAGGCCAGAAUGAGCCCCCCACCCCGGCUGAGCCGGGACCCCAGAUGAGCUUCCAGCUCCCAGAUGAGCCCUCCAUCCCAGCUGAACCCCCACCCCCCCGGCUGAACCCCGACUCUCGACUGAGACUGUCACCUCCGAACUGAGCCCCUCACUCAAGAUGAGACUUACCCCACCACCCAGCAGAAAAACUCCUGGCUAGAGUCCCCCGUUCCCGCUGCAGGGAGGGGAGGGCAGGACUAUGGGGACGGGGCCAGCUGACCCUUCGGCCUGGUUUCUGGGUCCAGGUCCUAGGUCCUCCCACAAGGGGACGCCAGAACCUCGCUGCCGAGCGCAGAAGCAUCCACCCCACUUAGGGGUGGGGCGUGGGAAAGGUACUUGCCCAUCUGGGGGCCUCGGAUCCCCCACCCCUGACCCUGCAAUGACUGUGUCUCUGUGUCUGGUACCGGGCGGCAGUGGGGGGCCACGAACCUGCGUGUCGGCACUGGCACACGACACCUGGGUUCCUUUCAGCGCGUCUUGAGGGCUCUCCGUGCCUGUUUCCCCCUCAGUGGAAGGCAAUGCAAACACCCCUCCCAGGUAGGAUGGAAGCAGCCUGUGCAGCGGAGGGCUUUGACUGCACGCCUUGGGGUCCCUGGGGGACUUGGAGGGGGGACAAGGGUUCAGAUCCCAGGCCCCCAAGAAGAGGAAGUAACAUACCCAAGAUGCUUCCCUGACCACAGCCUUUGAAAAGUUCCUGUGGCUUCGGGGAAGGAGCUGAACAUGGACACUGCCAGCUCUGAAUGGUCAGGGGUGAGGUGGGAGAGACUGAAGGGCUGGGGUGCUGGGAGGUCAAGUAGCUGCUCUGCCCGGGCAGGUGGGAAAGGCCUCCUGGAUGAGAGGGUAUUGGAACCAAGUUAAGUCCCGCUCCUCGUCCUCUGCUUACAGCUCUCCAUGGCUCCCACCUGCCUUGGGUUAAAAGCCCAAAUCCUCCUCCAAGGCCCUGCAUGACCUGCCCUGUCCCCUCCCAGCUCUCACCUCCUCCUCUCCUCCUCGCUUACUCUGCUUCAGAUACACAGGUCUCCUGGCUGUUCCUCUAACACACCAGGCAUGGUGCUGCCCCAGGGCCUUUGCACUGGCUGUGCCCUCUGUCUGGAAAAUUCUUCUGCCACAUUUUCAAUGGGGUGUUUCCCUCUCCUCUAAUCAAAUCUCGGUUUAAAUGUUACUUCCUCAUGUGAGGCCGACUCUCCUAUCCCUUCCUCUGCUCCAUUUGUCUCCCUGGCACUUAAUCUCCUCUGACAUACAUUUAUAUUGUUUCUUGUCUAUCUUCCCAACUUCGAAGUGUAAGUGCCAAGAAGGCAGAUCAUUUUGGGCGUUUUGUGUCCCCAGUACUUCGUAUCCAGUAGAUACUCAAGAAAUCUUUGCUCAAUGGAUGUGAGUUUGCUAGGUGGGAGAAAAAAAAAGUGAAGGCAUUCAGUGCAUUUGUGGAGCAUCGACUGUGUGCCAGGCUCUGUCCUUGGAGCCAGGGAGGAGGUGAAACUCUCUGUGUCCGGCACAGAGCAGGUGCUCCAUAGAUGCCCAUGGAAUUUGUUGAUCAAAGACUCUGGGGAAUUCUGAGACUGGUAGGGAAGAGAGCCAGGCUUGGGGGAUAGUGGGAAGGCUUCCUGGAGGAAGAGGAUAUUGCUUUGGGAUGCUAAGGAUCAGCACAAAUGGGAGAGGUAGUGAUGGGUAGAGGGGACGCAGGGGCAAAGGCGUGUGAAACAGCCCAUCCCAGGAACGGGCACUCCCUGGGGGGCCAUCUUAGGCACUGCUAAGCACUGAGCAGCAUUCCUGGGCCCCACUCACUGCCAGGGGCACCCUCCAGUCAUGACAACCACAGAUGUGUGCGGAUAUGGUGGAAUGUCACCUGGGGGACAUUUGAUUUAAAGGUCUCAACACUUGCCUGCUCCUUCAGUGUUGGGGGUACCAGUUCUCUGAGGCCACCUGCCCCUCCAGCCGCUCCCCUUCACUUUGGCACAGAACAAAGACCAGCCCAAACUGAACACAGAAAGGAGGAUCCAGGACAGCUAGAAAGAGUCGAAGCAUAGCUUGUUUAAUUUUUAUACAUUUUUUUCUUUUUUCUUUUUUUUGCCUUUUAUUGAAUCUUUUAUGGAACCCCCCCUUUUUCAUUUUUUUCAUUUUUUUUUUGCAUAGGGAAACAAACAAACAAAAUAACAGCCAGAGUCACUUUCUGUAAAUGGUACUUAGGUAGGCGCGUCCGCGGAAACCGAAAUGACUGCGUAAUA